AUGAUAUUCAUUGCUAUAGAGAAUAAGAUGGAAAUGGAAAACUCUACCAUGGUAUAUUCCGAUGUGACAACUGGGAUGGACAUAACAUCUCUGGUUGUCUACUGUGUGGCGUUUGUGCUUGGCCCCACUGGCAACGGCUUGGUGAUCUACGUGACGAGCUGCAGGAUAAAGAAGACUGUCAACUCUGUUUGGUUCCUCAACCUGGCCUUGGCAGACUUCCUCUUCACUUCCUUUCUGCUCCUCUAUAUCAUCAACAUCGCCCGUGGUUAUGAUUGGCCUUUCGGUGACAUCCUUUGCAAGUUAAACAGCAUGGUGACUGUGCUCAACAUGUUCGCCAGCAUCUUCCUCCUGGCGGCCAUCAGUCUGGACCGCUGUCUGUCCACGUGGGUGGUUGUGUGGGCCCAUAACAAGUGCACGCCACGCAGGGCUGAGGUCAUCUGUGUGGGGAUCUGGCUAGCCUCAUUGGUCUGCAGCCUCCCAUUCACCAUCUUUCGGCAGAUCAUACACCAUGAUAAUAGGACAAUGUGCAGUUAUUCAUUUCCCCAUUCUUCCACCUACAGGAACUUGGUUGUGUUCCGCUUUCUGCUGGGCUUUCUCAUCCCAUUCCUGGUCAUCAUAGGCUCUUACAUUGCCAUAUGGAUACGCAUCAGGCGCCUUCAGAAAGGAAGAACGUGCAGGUCCCUCCGGAUCACCAUCUCCGUUGUCCUGGCCUUCUUCAUCUGCUGGAUGCCAUUCCAGGUCUUCCAGUUUCUGGACAUCAUGGAAGAAGACAACCAAGGCCUCAAGCUGGUCGUGCAUAUAGGGAUUCCCCUGUCUGCUAGCCUGGCAUUCCUCAACAGCUGCCUGAACCCCAUCCUGUACGUCUUCAUGUGUGAUGAGUUCCAGAAGAAGCUGCGUCAGUCCGUGCUGCUCGUAUUCGAGAACGCUUUUGCAGAGGACCACGGGAUGAACUUUGUGUCAUCAACGCGCUCCCUGAACUCCCAUCUCUCCCGGAUCUCCCGUAAGUCUGAGUCUCUGGAUCCAGGAGAAAGAGGACAUUUACACCCCACUGGUGACCAGUCUGAUAGUAAAGUGGAAACUGAGGUGUGA